GGAAAAAUAAAAAAAUAAACAAAAAAUAAGACCAAGUGAGAUGGAGAGGAAAAACAAGUUAAGGAUAAACGGUAAAUUAAAUGGGUAAAAUAAAAAAAAUAAAUGUGUGCGCAAAAGAGAGAGAGGGAGAGGGAGAAAGAAGACAGAGGGAGGAAUAAAAUAAAAAUAAAAAGACUACUGGGACGAUUCAAGCACAAUGGAGUUGAAAUUCCAUGGGGGUUAUACCAUGGGGGGGAAGCUAAGGAAGGAAAAGGAAGGCAGAAAGUAAGUCGCAAAGUGGAUAAUGGAGAAUUAGCAGAAAGGAGUAAAGGGACAGAGACAAAAGAGCGAGAGAGAGAACAGGAACAGGAACAGGGACAGGCACAGGAACCAGACAAGGCCCAGUGUCAAGAGUCAGUGGUUAAACUGUAUGGGGAGAGAGGUAUGAGACAAAGUGCUGAUGAUGCCGGCGAUGACGAAGAGCCAGAUCAAGCAAUCUAAUAUGCGUGGAUUAUUC